CAGGAGAAGGCAGUGCAGAGCUUAGCUUAGCACCUUACCAUAAGCUCUGCCCUAGUGUGUGUCUGAGCCAGUGUAGCCAAGGCCCGGACAGAUGACCACGGGCAGCGCCAGAGCCUCGGCCACGAUGUAAAAGAGGCGGAAGUCAAAGGGGUGGGGGAGCUGGGGGAGACAUCCUGAGCUCUGGGAGAGCGGCGUUGUCUGGGACGAGAGAAGGGCAGGCAGCAGGCUCGGGGGUGAGCGGAGAGAUGGAGAAGGGGGUGUGGGUGACUGCACUCAGCCUGUUCCUCAGCGGCUCCGCUCUCUUGUUGCUGACCACGGCGAUCUUCACUGACCACUGGUACGAGAUGGACACCCGGAGGCACAGGGCGGACUGUGAACGCGCUCCUAUCCCGGGGGCCAGCGGCGGUGAGCGCAGGCGGGUCAUGCCCAUCUCCAACCUGCCACUGAGGGAGCGCGGCAAGCCCGAGGAGCCAGCCCCUGGACCCCGGGGCCCUCUCAAAGCCCUGGCCCCGCUCACUCCGGGCCCGGGCCCGGCCGGCGAGCAGGAGCUGCUGGAAAGCUGGCACUCGGUGCUGGGGCUCGGCGUCUUCGAGUCGGACUGCGCCCGUCCUCUGUUCGCCACUUACACAGGGCUGUGGAGGAAAUGUUACCACACGGGCAUCGACCGAGACAUUGACCAGCUCAUUUCCAAGGGUAAGAUUCAGGAGCUCAUGACCCUGAGCAAAACCGGAUAGACCUUUUCAAGUCGGUUUGUUUUCAAUUAAAAUAAACGAAU